AUGAUUUCUUUGUUUCCACUCUUUCUCAUAUCAUUAUCAGCGUGGGGUUCGUCAGUAAAUGCACAAGCGAAAAAUUAUCCUGGAGCCGCUGGUUGGCCAACCUCCGCAGCAUGGCAAGAGUUGGGUCAAGCAACCGGUGGCCGACUGUCCAAAUGUCCGGCCACGGAGUGCACUUCGUCUCAAGGAGCCUAUGUGCUUGCCGCAAAGACAGCCCAAGAUGUCAGCGCUGGGAUGAAGUUCGCAACGGCGAAUAAAGUCCGCGUCUCUGUGAAAGGCACGGGGCAUGACUUCAUGUCAAGUCAGAACAGAAAUGGAGGCUCAGGGUCCCUUUUGAUAUACACACGAACUAUGAAAGGAUAUCAAAUUGUCCCUGAGUGGGUGGCUACCGGGGCUCCGAAUGGCACUGCACCUCAAGCAGCGGUCGGCAUAGCAGGAGGGACGGCUUUUGAGGAGGUUUAUCCUUUUGUUGAACGGGAACGUCUGAUGAUCGUUCAUGGUGCAACGGCAUCAGUCGGAGCAGCCGGUGGAUGGAUCCAAGGCGGUGGCCAUGGUCCUCUGUCAAAUCAGUAUGGCAUGGGUUGUGAUAACGCCCUGGAAUUCGAAAUCGUCGUCCCCAGCGGAGCCAUUCUCAUUGCGAACGACUACCAGAAUCAGGACCUCUUCUUCGCACUCCGCGGCGGUGGUGGCGGCACAUUUGGCAUCGUUACUCGACUGAUCACGAGAGCGUACCCGCUUCCCACCAUGAACGGAAUCCAGAUAUCAGUUCGUGGACGGGGUUAUCUCGAUGCAAUGGCAUACCUCUUCGCCAUGACGCCAAAUAUGACCGACUUCGGUCUCUCAGGCUACCCUACCAUGAGCGGAUCAUCCUACUCGUCCAGGUUACGUGCACCCGGCAAAACCGCUCAGGAGAUCUCUGAAUUCUUCAAUCCAAUUGCGGAGAGAAUGCGCCAACUCGGCGUCACUGUUUCGUUGGACCAGGUCGUCGAUAGAGGUACCACCUCCAAGCGGGAAUUGUUCAAAGAAGCCGCGGAAUCGGAGAAGCUCAAGGCGAGGCAGCUCGGCGGUUUGAUGACCUCAAGGUUGUUGGCUCGCGAUGCGUUAAAUGAGGGCAAUAUCCCAGCCAUUCGAAAGAUGCUCUCCUCCGUGACCGGCGGCCUGUCUAGCGUCCUUCCAUAUCCCAAUGCUGGAGGUAGAGUCGCGCAGAACCGUGAUCUGGACACCGGACUGAACCCUGCGUGGCGCGAUGCGGUUAUGCACAUGAUUGUGAUGGGCAUCGGGGGCUCCCCUGUAUCAGCUAUGGAUCCUCUGAGUGCUAAUCAUGGGGCGUAUCUCAACGAAGCUUCUCCGAGUGAGCGGGAUUGGAAAACAACGUUCUUCGGUGGUGGUGAACAUUACGCGCGUCUGCUGGAAGUGAAGAAGAAGUACGAUCCAACGAAUACCCUCUGGUGCACACCUUGCGUGGGCGGCGAUCUGCUGGUGGAGCGUAGCGGACGACUUUAUGAUGCGUAG